UGGCACGUCGCGAACUUUUCGGUAAUGCUACUAUACAUGACUGCGACCGCGUUUGGACUGUUGUAGGUUAAACACUGUGCUACGAGACAAAAAUCAAACUGUCGCUUUAACGAAGAAAUUUUAAUUUAUAUUUAAAAUAUAUAAGUAAGGUACUUGACCCAGCUGACAUUUAAUCUAUUAAAAACGGUAUUAAAUAGGUAGUGAAAAACAAUGGCCGGUAAAAGACAAGCCAGUAGUGAUCUCAAUGCUGAUAAUUGGGACCACGAAGAAGAGAGGGAGGAGGCCGGAGUUUUCAAAAAAGCUCCAGAAGAAGUCUUGAAGCAAAGAGUCGUGAGAACGGCUAAGCGUAGAAUCACAAAUACUGGAGGAAGCGAAUCUGCUAAAAGUGCAUUCAGCUCUUUCUCUGGAUUUAAUGCAGCACCAGCUCCUACUCCUGCGGCUAAUUCACUUUUUAGUUUCUUAGCAAAAACAAAUACUGAAAGUACUACUACACCCUCUGUUACACCCACGUUUAGCACAAAUAAACUAGCACCAACUACUAAUGGAUCUUCAAAGGUUACUGAGAAUGGAUCAACUGUUUCACCAUCAAUCACUACACCGCUCACAAAUUCAUUUACACCCAAAGACUCAAAAUCAACUGAGGCUGAGACACAAGAAGGCACAUCAUCCAAAAAAUCUCCACGGUAUUACGCAAAGUUGAAGGGUCUUAAUCAAAGUGUUACAAAAUGGAUUAACCAACAUGUCGAUGCUAAUCCUGUAUGCAUCCUGACUCCCAUCUUUAAAGAUUAUGAAAAGUAUUUGAAGGAAAUAACAGAAAACUAUGGUAAAGAAACUUCAGAAGAAAAGAAGCCAGAAAUCAAACUUGAAUCGAAGCCUCAAGAAAAGCCACAACCUAGUUUGUCAGAUACACCAAAAUUCAAUUUUGGAAGCACAGCCUCCAAAUCAACUGAAUCAACUUCAACUGAAAAAUUAGCUUUUGGUGGUGCUAAUCCAAAAUCCAUAUUUUCUUCUGAUAAUAAAUCUGAAAAUAAGAGUCCAUUUGGUUCAAAUGUAGGUUUUAGUAUGGAUAAAAGUCCUUUUAUGAAAUCUCCUUCAAGUGCUGAAAAUAAAAAAGAGGGUGGCGCAACAAGCAGCGAUGAGAAAACCGCAAGUACUUUUUCACAAUCUAGUACUUUAAGUACUACACCUUCAGCAACUUUUAGUUUUGGACAAAGUAGCACAAUGUCGUCGAGUACAGGAUCUGCAGGUUUCAGUUUUGGAGGUGGAAAACCAUUUUCUUUUGGAGCUGCUGCAGUAAAACCAGUUGAAUCAGAAGAAAAGAAAGAAAACAAUGAAGAAGAAGAUGAUGAACCACCAAAACCAGAUUUCAAACAAAUCACUGAAGAAGGAUCAAUUUACGAUCAGAAAUGCAAAGUGUUUGUUAAGAAAGAUGGAAAUUAUAGCGAUCGAGGUGUAGGUACACUAUUUCUGAAGCCAGCUCCAAAUGAUAAAAUGCAGCUUAUAGUUCGAGCAACAAAUUCAUUAGGAAAUUUACUUCUAAAUACUCUUUUAACUGAGAGUAUACCUAUCAAGCGAUUGAAUAAAACAAACAUCAUGCUUGUUUGUUUACCACUUCCAACAUCUGAACCACCACCAGUUGCCACGUUGCUGAGGGUAAAAACUUCAGAAGAUGCAGAUGCUUUAUUUGAAGCUCUUGAGAAACAUAAGAAAUAAAGAUUUUGGACAAUGAUGACAUGGAUUCACUUCGAAGGUUAAUUGUGUCCAAAAGUCUUGUAAAAGAAAAACAUAAUUGCAGUCAAACGUUUUGUGUGAGAAUGUAUCUAAUGCGUCCCUGGUUAAAGAAUGUAAUUGUAAUUGUGUGUGAUCUAUUGAAUGUGAUUUAGCCACAUAUUGUGACAGCGUUCCAAGAGAAAAUCGGUUAUUUACCGUUUUUUUUCUUUUAGAAGUGAUUUUUUGUAUUUUAAAAUUUUAGAAAUAUUUAUUUUCUAUAAGUAGAUAUGAAAUGAAUUUUUGAAUAAAUGCCAGAUCAAUUCUGUUGCAUUAAUUGUGAAAUAAUAUUUGGAUAGCAGUGGAGCAUUUUUAUCAUAAAACGUUUAACUAUUCCAGAUCAUAAUCAUCAGUUUUCAAUACCAGUUGAGAAAAUAAAUUUAUACAUCAAUUUUAAAUAUGCAACUGAAGGAUAUGAUCUAAUGUAUGUACAUAAUAAAUCAAUGAUCAAAAAUCAAAUCAUUAACUAAUUGUUAAUGUAAAAACUACAUUUCUAAUUAUUAACUAGAUAUUGAGAAAAUAAUAAAGACCACUUUUUUGAUAAUAUUAUUUUAUUUACAGUAAUAAUUUUUCAUUUGACCUUAAUAUUUAAGAAUAAAAAUUAACUGAAGCGAAAGUAAUUCUGAUAUUAAAAGAUUUUAAAUAAAUUUAAAUAUUUUGACUUUACACAUUCACGCAAUAAUACAACGUUAAUUAACAAAUAUAUCGUUAUGUUAUAUUAUACACAUUCAAUUUUAAGUAUACUGAAUACACUCGAUAAAAGCGA